UCGAGACGCACAAAGAGCCCUUAUUAGGUAAAAUCAACUUUAAAUUCAGUCACUUCUUAGUCAGACAUUUAGUUUUUUUGCAUUACAUUUAGACUACUAACUUACUGGAACACAGGCGUUCGUCGCACUUUGCACCUUUUCUAAAAGGUAAACAUGGCGCUGUCUUUGUCUUCUCCGUCUGGAUUCCCCUUUGAUGAGGAGGAAGAAAUGGGUGUGUUUGAGUCUACUGCAGCAGAGCACGGAGGCCUGGCCAGGCCACGUUUACCCGAGAUCUCUGUCAUUUCACCUGGUCUGGACACCAGGCCAUCUGUUACAGAACCGAAACCAGCAGUCAAAUUUGCAAGCAGUGAUGAAGGAACCACAGAGAAGGUGAAGGUUUACCUGCGCAUUCGGCCACUUACUGACACGGAGAAAGACAGAGGAGAAGAGCAGGGUUGUGUGACUGUCCAAGAUGAAGAGACCCUGCUGCUCCAAGCUCCAAAGGACUCUCAGAACAUGAGGACAGCAGAGAGGGGUAUUACUCAGAGCAUUCACAAAUUCAGUUUCUCACAGAUUUUUGGUCCAGAGACAACACAGCAACAGUUUUAUGAGAGCACAAUGAAGAAGAUGGUAAAAGAUGUACUUCAAGGAAAUAACAGACUCCUCUACACUUAUGGUGUCACCAAUUCUGGAAAGACGUACACCAUUCAGGGCUGCGGUCGAGAUGCUGGCCUCUUACCCCGGGCUUUAGCGUCUCUCUUCAGGAAGCUGCAGGGUCGUCUCUAUGGUGCAAUGGACCUGAAGCCUGUCUUGUAUCGGGAUGUGAGGAAGCUUGAACCCAAUGAGGUCAAGGUGGAAGAAAUUCGCAGAAACUCUCUGCUAAAAGAGGAUGAGAAUCAGUCUUCUCGUCGAGGUGGUACCACCACAGUCUGGGAUAGUGGCGUCGGAGGACUCUCCUCUACAAGUAACAUUGCCACCCAGCUUGAAGAUACUGAGAGUGUUUGUCUGGAGCCUGACAGCCUUUCACACAGUGGAGGGGACGACCUGGAGGAGGGGGUGCAGUUUUCCAUCUGGGUGUCCUUCUACGAGAUCUACAAUGAGUUCCUGUAUGACUUACUGGAUACUUCACCCUCCCAGCAGCCCCGAAAAAGAGUUACACUGCGGCUAAGUGAUGACAGGCAGGGGAAUGCCUAUGUGAAAGACCUCACCUGGAUCCAGGUCUACAGCGCUGAGGAAGCCUGGAGGAUUCUGAGAGCUGGACAUCGCAACCAGAGCUUCGCCAGCACUCACCUCAACCAAAACUCAAGCCGCAGCCACAGCAUCUUCUCCAUCCGUGUUGUGCACAUCCACCCAGAGGCACAUUUAGGCCAGGCCAUGCACGUCAGUGAACUCACUGUGUGUGACUUGGCUGGGUCUGAACGCUGUAAAGAUCAGCACAACGGCGAAAGGAUGAAGGAGGCCAAUAACAUCAAUACCUCCCUCUUAACACUGGGACGUUGUAUCUCUGCCCUGAGGCACAACCAGAACAAGUCGCGACCCCCUCAGGUGGUGCCCUUUAGGAACAGUAAAUUGACCCGAGUCCUGCAGGGCUUUUUCUGUGGGCUAGGAACCUCCAGCAUGGUGGUAAACAUCAAUCCAUGUGCAUCCAUCUAUGAUGAGACUCUCCAGGCCCUCAAAUUCUCUGCUAUUGCGACCCAACUUGUCCAUGGCCCAUCCACAAAGACCAGAGUGGCCUACAUCCUGUCUCUACUUCGUGAGCCAGCAGCCAAUGGAAAUGACAGCACAGUCAUGGAGGAGGAAGAGGAUGAAAGUGAUGUUGAAGAUGGAGAUAUCACCACGCUGAAUACUGAGGCUUUGCUGCAGGCCAUUGAUGUCCUGAAGAAAGAGGUGCAGCGCCAGCAAGAGGAGAAAGAGGCUCUUGAGGCUAAUGUGAGGCAGGAGGUGGUUUCUGAGAUGAUGGAGGUCAUCUCAAACAUGCAACAGGAUUUCAGAGAGUCCUUGGAGGCUGAGCGGGCUAUAAUGGAAGAGAGAUGUGAUGACAAGAUAGCUAACCUGCAGAAACAUCUGAGAACAUACUACAAGGAGGAGCUGGAGGAGCGUGAUCAGGAGAUUGAAGCUUUGUCUGCUGCACUUGAAGAAAAAAGGAAGAAGGAAAGUGAAGUUGACCCUGUGACGGCUCCAGUGGGAGACUCUGAGGGCCCUCGACGUUCUCAGCGCCUCAAUAGUCAGACUGAUCUCAGCAGGCUGCGCGCUGACCUCGACCAGUGCCGUGCUGAGCUGCGCACCAAGUCCCAAGAGCUGACAAAGCUGAAGAUGCAGCUAGAAGUUCCAGGUUCAACUGGCCAUCUCACACGUGUUGUUGACCGCAAGCUGGAGGAGGGUCAAAGGAACUUGCGUCAACUGCGCCUGGAUUUGCAGAGGCUGGGGACGGACCUUCAGGCUAGUGAAAGAGCCUGCUGCCACAACACUGGAGGGCAAAGGCUGCGGCACAAACUAACAUAUGCGGAUGAAACACUAGCCAAACAGGACCAGAUCCUGUUGGAGCUACAGAAUAGCAUGAUGCUGGUAAAAGCUGACUUAAAGCAGAAAGCAGAGACCCUGGCCCAGACUCAGGUCGUCCGUCCUCAGCUGGCCCCCUCAGGUUUCACUUCCUCCACCACACCAGGUUCCUGCAAGAAGAGGGGCUGUGGGGCCAACACACUGUGCGACUUUGAAAACCAGCCUCCACAAAAACAGAAGUUUUUCCAAUCUCUGUUCCCGCCGCGCACUCCUUCGCGUAAAAAUGCAGUAGCAGAAGCAAAUAAUACUCCCUACGCACGGAUUUUGCGGUCACACCAGCAGUCUCCUCCUCCCAGCCUUCUGACCACGCCGCGUAGACUAAGGGGGAAGUACUGACAUACUGAGUUUGAAAUAUUAUGCAAAACAGUUACAAUUGCUGAUCACUUUAUUUUUAUAUAUGCACUUUUUUGCAGUGCAGUCAUGGUUAUGCCAAAUAUAGUUAUCCAAUAAACUUAAAAACCUGUUCAGUGGCUGAAGGACUACAUAGUAAAAGUAGUGCAUGUGUGUGUUUCUUUGUGUAAUCAGCCUAUGCAACUCCAACACAGCUUUUGAUACUUUUUUUUUCCCAAUAAAAUCUAUUAAGUAGUUUGA